AGUCAUUCUGAUGCUUUUCAUUCUAAUUCUUUCUUGUCAUAGACAAUCUGACAAGCGAGAACAGACUAGUUUAAGCUAUUCUGUGUGGACCAACAUUGAUUUUGGAUUUAAGCUGACAAGCAAAGCAACAUUAUCAACUGGGUGCCAUUCAAUUGUGGCCCUGGGAAAUGUUUGACAUUCCCAGAUUUUAGAUUCCCGAGGGCCACAUCGAGAGAAAAAAAAAGCUAGAAUAAA